UUACGAAAUAAUUACAGACAUUACAGUAUUAUCUAUUUAUUGAUAGCGCUUUGUAUAUAUGACUUAGCCAAAUGUCAUUGUCUUACGGACGUCUGUUGAAGAAAGUGGUCCAAUUGUCAGUGUCAAGGGACAGUUUACAUUUUUUUAGUUUGCAGAAUAGUGCGGGGAUGACUCUUACUAGGAAAAUCAUCAAUACGAACAACGCACCUAGGCCUAUAGCCCCUUACAACCAGGCUGUCCUUCUAGAGUCCACCCUGUACGUUUCUGGUUGUUUGGGCCUGGACAAAGACACGAUGAAACUAGUAGAAGGCGACGUGGGUGUUGAAACCAGGCAAGCCCUGAAGAACCUGGGUCACAUAUUGACUGCCUCGAACUCCGCAUUCGAUAAAGUUGUCAAAACGACCAUAUUCAUGAGUGAUAUUAACGAUUUUGUUGCCAUCAACGAGGUCUACAAAGAAUUUUUCACGAAGGAUUAUCCAGCAAGAUCGGCUUUCCAAGUUGGCAAACUUCCUAUGAACGCCCGAGUGGAGAUCGAAGCUGUUGCUGGCGUGGGAAAUAUCAAAACAAUCUGUUGCCAUUAGACCCCUUAUACUUAUUUAUACUACGUAAAUAUUUUAAGUGUAAUUUAUAUACGUAUAUUUUUUACAUGUAAUAUAAUUUUAAUUUUA